AUGAGUGUCGAUGAGAAGGAAAAUGAAGUACGACGCCAUCAUCUAUGCCGUAACUGCUUGCGCAAGGGACAUUCAACUAAAGACUGUUCCUCGACUAUUACAUGUCGGAAAUGUAGAGGUCGUCAUCAUACUCAAUUGUGCUCCCACGGACCCUCUUCCAGUGGAAAGACACCAGAGUCAUCCAACAAAAAUUUUCCGUUACAAUCCUGCAGUGCUCAACCACAAACGUCAUUAUCAGCAACCGAUGAAUUGAAAAAUUAUGCUUCUAUCGGACAAGGCCGUUCCAGUGUACUACUUGCCACAGCCGUAAUCCAUGUUGUCGACGAUAAUGGCACAAAUCACACCGCGAGAGCUCUACUUGACUCCGGCAGCGAGUGCUGUUUUAUGACAGAAUCGUUUUCCCAGCGAAUAAAAGCAAAAAGGACGAAGAUCUCCAUCCCAAUUGUCGGAAUCGGACAAGCAGCUACGCAAGCAAGGUGUAAAUUUAUAUCUACUAUUCGCUCCCGCAUCACAAACUACACUGCAACCGUUGAAUUUCUCGUUUUACCUAAACUAACCGUCAACUUACCAGGAGUUUGUGUUGAUGUUUCUUUAUGGAACAUACCGUCGGGGAUUCAACUAGCUGAUCCUCUCUUCAAUGACAGCAACUCUGUCGAUCUUGUGCUUGGUGCCGAGAUCUUUUUUGAUUUGUUCGAAGUUCCCGGAAAAAUUGUUCUUGGUGAUUCACUUCCCAAACUCGUGAAUUCCUUGCUCGGAUGGGUUGUUUCCGGACGAGCGAGCACCUGUCGGCCAGCUCCACGACUUACAGCCAAUGUAGCAACAACUAUCGAUUUGCAUCAUCUGAUGGAAAAAUUUUGGAUGCUUGAAGAGGAUCAAAAUUCGUCUUGUUUAUCAGUCGAAGAAUCUGCCUGUGAGGAGCAUUUUAAUCGUACUGUGACCCGUUCGCUCACAGGUCGGUACAUUGUCCGCCUUCCGUUGAAGGAUAACCUUAUCGAAAAUGUGACCAAUAAUCGACGUAUCGCCUUGCGUCGGCUACAUUUACUAGAAUCUCGCUUGUCUAAAAACAAGGACCUAGGCGAGCAAUACAAAAACUUUCUAGACGAAUACUUAUCCCUCGGCCAUAUGUGUCGUCUAUCGAAUCCCGAAGAACCGUUACUAAAUUGCUAUUAUUUGCCACACCACGCCGUCAUACGGCAGGAUAGUUCGACAACAAAGCUUCGCGUUGUAUUUGAUGCAUCAUGUAAGACCGCCGGUGGCCCAUCUCUAAAUGACGCACUAAUGAUAGGACCCAUCGUACAACAAGACCUGAGAUCCAUUAUCAUGCGUUCUAGAAUGCAUCGUGUAAUGCUGAUAGCAGACAUUAAGCAGAUGUAUCGCCAAAUCCUUGUGGACGAACGAGACACUCCGCUUCAACGAAUAGUAUGGAGAUGUGAAUCGAACAACCCUAUCGACACAUUCGAGCUUAAAACCGUUACUUACGGAACAGCCAGUGCCCCAUAUCUGGCAACGAGAACUCUUGUUCAAUUAGCUACAGAUGAAAAGGAAUCAUACCCCAUGGCGGCUAAAGUUCUCAUUAAUGACUUUUACGUGGACGACCUUUUCUCUGGUGGUAGUACUGUGGCUGACACUCUCCAGUUACGUCAUCAAUUAGAAUCGUUACUAGCAAAGGGCGGUUUUGAACUUCGUAAGUGGGCUUCAAACGAAAGCGAAGUACUGGAUGGCAUUCCCGUUUCACAUCGCGCACUUCAAACAUCACUGGAUCUAGAUCGUGACCAAUGCUUAAAAACAUUAGGACUUCACUGGGAACCAGCCUCAGACGUAUUAAGAUAUAACGUUAAAAUAGCACCACCCUCAUUAUCUACUCCGUUUACUAAAAGAGUCGCUCUUUCCUACAUCGCCCAGUUGUUCGAUCCACUAGGUUUAGUGGCUCCUGUAGUCACUACAGCCAAGCUAUUCAUGCAAGUUCUAUGGACGCAAAGGGACGAAAAGGGCAAACCUUACCAGUGGGAUCAAGUUUUACCUACCGCGCUUAAGGACCGUUGGCUUGCUCAUCAUUCGAAGCUACCCUUUCUCAAUGAACUUCGUAUAGACCGUUGCAUUUUGCUGCCCAACACUGUUUCCAUUCAACUGCAUUUGUUUUCUGAUGCAUCUGAAGACGCUUACGGGGCAUGCGUUUACGUCAGAAGCAGCGAUGGAUUCGGGAACAUAAAGGUCGCACUACUAACAGCCAGAUCAAAGGUGGCCCCAUUAAAGAAACAAAGUAUUCCGCGCUUGGAGCUAUGCGGAGCCUGUAUCGCAGCUGAACUUUACCAGAAGGUUUCAACAUCCUUGCGAAUAGCAGCAGACACAUUUUUUUGGGUAGACUCGACGAUAGUACUCAGUUGGCUGAACUCACCUCCUUCUACUUGGACCACAUUCGUGGCAAACCGAGUAUCGAAAAUUCAGCUCGCUACUCAGAAUUGCACUUGGAAUCAUACACCCGGUCAGCAAAAUCCAGCCGAUUGCAUUUCGCGGGGAACAUCAGCAGAACUUCUUCUCACAAACACACUUUGGUGGCACGGACCCGACUGGCUACAGUUAGACAACAGCUUUUGGCCGAACCAAUCCUUCAAGCACCACGACAUUCCUACCGGUAUUCCUGAGCAUCGCACAACACCCAAAACCACAUUUAGUAUCGCGGUUAAGCCUUCAUUCAUCGAUGAACAUGUUGAAAAAUUCUCCAAUUUCACUCGUUUGCUACGUGUGACAGCGUAUUGUUUGCGAUUUGCGAAUAAUUGCCGUGCGCAAUCUACACAACGACUAAAAACUAUUAUUGUUAGCGUGGAAGAAAUCAACGAAGCCGAAACAGUAAUUAUCAGACUCGUUCAACAACAAGUGUAUAGCAAUGAAUGGAAGCAACUGCAAAACUCUCAACCCAUUCCCGUUAAAUCAAGCAUUAAAUGGUUUUACCCCAUUAUGGCACAAGAUCAAUUGAUUCGCAUUGGAGGCCGACUUCGGCAAGCUCAUUUGCCAUUCGACAGUAAGCACCAAAUUCUUCUCCCGUCAACUCACGCUUUCUCCAGCUUGCUUGUGCGACAUUACCAUGAAAAGCAUUUGCAUGCCGCCCCUCAACUAUUGCUGACUAUUCUUCGACUUCGCUACUGGAUUACCGGAGCUAGGAAUCUUGCUAAACGGAUUAUUCACAAAUGCAUCGCUUGUUUUCGAGCACGCCCGCGGCUCGUGGAGCAGUUUAUGGCAGAGCUCCCAGCAUCGCGCAUUACAGAAGCUAGACCAUUUUCAGUAACGGGAGUGGACUAUUGGGGUCCAAUUACGCUAAAACCGUGCCAUCGUCGUGCUGCACCGAGAAAGGCGUAUGUGGCGGUGUUUGUAUGCUUCACUACGAAAGCUGUUCACUUAGAACUGGUUCCGGAACUUACCACUUCCAAAUUCAUGCAAGCGUUGCGGCGUUUUGUGUCCCGUCGUGGAUUAUGCGCAGACUUAUAUAGCGAUAACGGUCGCAACUUUGUGGGAGCAGCAAACGAGCUACGUCAGCUGGUUCACACUGCAGAAUGCCAACAAACUAUUGCUCACGAGUGUGCAUCGAAUGGAAUUCGAUGGCACUUCAAUCCACCAAAGGCCUCUCACUUUGGGGGUCUUUGGGAGGCUUCUAUUUACUCUGCCCAAAAGCACUUUGUUCGUGUUGUUGGGAAUCACACUUUAGCAUACGACGAAAUGGAGACAUUGCUAUCUCAAAUCGAAUGCUGCCUCAACUCCAGACCGAUAGUUCCAUUGAGCGAUGAUCCGACCGAUUUCGAACCGCUUACUCCUGGUCAUUUCUUAACGGGCGCUGCACUUAAGGCUGUACCUGAUGCGAACCUGUUAUCUAUUCCGUUCAAUCGUUUGCGUCAAUGGCAACAGACGCAACAACUUUACCAAUAUGUAUGGAAGAGAUGGCAUACCGAAUAUUUAUCAUCUUUACAACGGCGAUCGAAGUGGAUUAACCCACCUGUAGAGAUCACAACAAACCAACUGGUCAUCCUUAAGGAUGAAAAUACUCCCCCUAUGAAAUGGAUUACUGCACGCAUCGUCGACCUUCAUCCAGGACAGGACGGUGUAGUACGAGUGGUUACCGUUCAAACUUCCAGUGGCCGUUUCAUUCGUCCAGUGGCAAAAUUGUGCAUCUUACCCAUCACCGCUACUGGAGAACCAUCGCCGAACGAACCAGACACAUCCAACCAGGCAACAAUUCCUUCCCAGAGUUCCUGA